AACCGACUCAGCAGAGAAACGCGCGCACCGUGGCUGGCUCUUCGUGUGUCGCUGCCUCUGUCCUUGUCACAACCUUUGCACCUGUUCAGUUCUGAAGCGCUGCUCCUCUGGCGGCUGCACGACUGCUGGUGUUUCGUGCCUUUCUUUCACCCUCUUAAUUUUAUUCAGCGUUUGAGACUUCUGCAAGCAUGCGCCUCGAUGUUCAUGACAGGGGACGCGUUCUUCUAUCCCUGAGCCACUUUAUUCUCACAUAUUUAGCGCGACAUUGGUGACUGACUAAUGAAGACUUGAAACACCGCCCAUCAUUUGACUGCUCAGUCAUCAGAUAAACUGUGUGUGUGUACUUGUUUAUCCUACUUUGUGAGGACCAAUUCUUCUGAAACACUAUCCUUGUGAGAACCGUAUGACGUUAUGGGGAUAUUUGUCCGGUCGCCACGAGGUUAAGCCUCUGUUUGAGGAUGAAGACAUGAAAAUAACUUGGUCGAGUUUGGUUCAGAGUCCUGGUUAAGGUGAGCCGUUUGUUUUGGAUGGUUAGUUUUAGGGUGAGAGGCUGGGGAAAGGAUCCUGGCAAUGAGAAACCUCACAAUGGCCCCACAGAGAUAGAAGCGCAAACGUGUGUGUGCGCGCGCACUCGCUUCUUGAACGACAGCUGCUCAGUUGAGAUCAUCAGAGCCGCUCUGUCAUGUUGGCAGCUGGACAUCAGACGCCAUGGCUCCCAAGGACAUCAUGACCAACUCUCACGCCAAGUCCAUCUUGAACGCCAUGAACUCCCUUCGCAAAAGCAACACGCUGUGUGACAUCACGCUGCAGGUGGAGAGCACCGACUUCCCUGCGCAUCGCAUCGUCUUGGCAGCGUGUAGCGACUACUUCUGUGCCAUGUUCACCAGCGAGCUAGCAGAGAAGGGCAAGUCCUUUGUUGACAUUCAGGGUCUCACCUCCUCCACCAUGGAGAUCCUGCUGGACUUUGUGUACACCGAGACAGUCCUGGUCACCGUGGAAAACGUUCAGGAGCUCCUCCCGGCGGCCUGUCUGCUCCAGCUCAAAGGUGUGAAGCGAGCUUGCUGUGACUUCCUGGAGAGUCAGCUGGACCCUUCCAACUGUCUGGGCAUCCGGGACUUUGCAGAGACUCACAACUGCCUGGACCUGAUGCAGGCUGCUGAGCUGUUUUCCCAGAAGCACUUCUCAGAGGUGGUCCAGCACGAGGAGUUCAUGCUGCUGAACCAGACGGAGGUGGAGAAGCUCAUCAAGUGUGACGAGAUCCAGGUGGACUCAGAGGAACCGGUGUUUGAAGCUGUGCUCAACUGGGUCAAACACAACCGUAAAGAGCGGGAGCCUUACCUGUCUGACAUGCUGGAGUUUGUCCGCCUGCCCCUGCUGACCCCGCGCUACAUCACCGACGUCAUCGAUGCAGAGCCCCUGAUUCGCUGCAGCCUGCCCUGUCGGGACCUUGUGGACGAAGCCAAGAAGUUUCACUUGAGACCGGAGCUGCGCAGCGAGAUGCAGGGACCACGAACUCAGGCCAGACUCGGUGCCAAAGAGAUUUUACUGGUGAUCGGGGGGUUCGGCAGCCAACAAUCACCCAUCGACAUUGUGGAAAAGUAUGACCCCAAAACUCAAGAAUGGACCUUCCUGCCUAACAUUGCGAGAAAGAGACGCUACGUGGCGACUGUCUCUCUGCAUGACAGAGUCUACGUGAUUGGAGGAUACGAUGGACGCUCGCGCCUCAGUUCUGUCGAGUGCCUGGACUACACCGCCGACGAGGACGGGGUGUGGUACACUGUUGCCACCAUGAAUGUGCGCCGUGGGCUGGCUGGCGCGACCACACUCGGAGAUAUGAUCUAUGUCGCCGGGGGUUUCGACGGCAGCCGACGUCACACCAGUAUGGAGAGGUAUGACCCUAACAUCGACCAGUGGAGCAUGCUGGGAGACAUGCAGACAGCGCGAGAGGGCGCCGGCCUGGUGGUGGCCAGUGGACUCAUCUACUGUCUGGGGGGAUAUGAUGGCUUGAACAUCCUGAACUCAGUGGAGCGGUAUGAUCCACACACGGGUCACUGGACCAGCGUGACGCCCAUGGCCACCAAGCGCUCAGGUACACCACCUCACACCGACGCUUUGUGUGAUCCCUCAUGUUUGUCUUUCAUCUCAGGUGCUGGAGUGGCCUUACUGAACGACCAUAUCUAUGUGGUUGGGGGCUUCGAUGGCGUCUCUCACUUGGACUCAGUGGAGGUCUACAACAUCAGAACUGACUAUUGGACGACAGUCGCCAGCAUGACAACGCCGCGCUGCUAUGUGGGAGCCACGGUGUUGCGCGGCCGACUGUACGCCAUCGCAGGGUAUGAUGGCAACUCGCUCCUCAGCAGCAUCGAAUGUUACGACCCCGUCAUCGACUCGUGGGAGGUGGUCACCUCCAUGGUGACGCAGCGCUGCGACGCCGGAGUUUGUGUUUUAAGGGAGAAGUGAUGCCGGCUGAGGACUUGGUCACUAAGGGAAUUUAAACCUGCCGCUUUGGCCUGGACACAUGGACCUGCGAGGACUCUGAUCUGCGAGGAGAUUAUUUUUCCAGUUUGUCUUCAAAGUGCAAUAUAUUUCUACUCCUGACGUCCGAUUGUGGAUUAACGUGCGGGUGAUCAGUCACUCAUCAGCGUUAGAACACUUUUCUAAACUCAUUUUAGACUCAAAAGACUUCCGGACGUUAUUUUAGGGCAAAUGCAACAUAACUUGGACGAUUUAGUUUUUUAUUUUUGGGAACAUGACAGAGUGGAAUGUGCAUGUCAUUUAUUUUUUCCUUCAGUUUUUAAUGACUUUGUGUCAACUCCUAAAAUUGUUGCCUGAACACCAAUAAACACAGAAAGUGAU